CAAAUCACCUUACACUAUAUAAGUACUUGUCUGCCAGAUACAAUUUCCUUCACUCCAGUUGUUCUUACCUACAGUACAGAGGAGUGUCUAUGAGAGUGUUGCUGUGGCCCUGGAUGUUGCUCAUCUCCUCAGCAGUCCACUUUUAUUCAGAGUCAAGGACAGAAGAGUCAAGACACACAGCUGGCUUCCUGUUUUCCUGCUUCCAUCCAAAACAGCUGACUUUUCGCUUUGCCAUUCAGCUAAAUUUACAUUGCCAGAUUGAAGAGAUGCCGGAGUUUCAGAAAAAAACGGUUCACAUCAAGGACCCAGAGAGAGUGGAGGAGAUUAUCUGUGGCCUUAUCAAAGGAGGAGCUGCCAAACUCCAGAUUAUUACAGACUUUGAUAUGACGUUAAGUAAGUUCUCCAACAAUGGUAAAAGGUACCCCACAUGUCACAACGUUAUUGACAACUGCAGAAUGGUCACAGAAGAAUGCCGAAAGAAGCUGCUGCAACUUAAAAACACAUACUAUCCCAUUGAAAUCGACCCUAAUCUCACUGUAGAGGAAAAGUUCCCUUUCAUGGUGGAGUGGUAUUUCAAAUCCCACACUUUACUGAUCGAACAAGGUCUACAGAAAGACAAGCUUCCACAAAUUGUGAAGGAAUCAGAUGCCUGUCUAAGAGAGGGCUACGAGCUUUUCUUCGAUAAGCUUCAGGAGCACAGUGUCCCCAUGUUUAUCUUCUCGGCCGGGCUGGGAGACGUCCUGGAGGAGAUCAUUCGGCAGGCUGGGGUCUACCACCCCAAUGUCAAGGUGGUCUCCAACUUCAUGGAUUUUGACAAGCACGGCGUGUUAAAAGGUUUCAAGGGAGAACUAAUCCAUGUGUAUAACAAGCAUGAUGGAGCCCUGAAGAACACUGAAUACUUCAAGCAGUUAAGGGACAACUGCAACAUUAUUCUCCUGGGAGAUUCGCUUGGUGACCUGAACAUGGCAGAUGGAGUGCCGAAUGUAGAAAACAUUCUCAAGAUUGGCUUUUUAAAUGAUAAGGUGGAGGAACUCUUGGAAAAGUAUUUGGACUCUUAUGAUAUUGUUUUGGUGAAGGAUGAAACUUUGGAGGUGCCCAAUUCCAUCCUUCAGAAGAUUCUUUAACAAUUGGCCUGGUCAGAAACACUGGACUAAGCAAAAGCUCCUCACUGCCUUAAAACCUUGGUGUAUUUAGUGUUAUCAUAAAGCAUGUGAAGAUCUUUUACAGCAAAUGUUUUAUCUUUUUUUUUAAUGGUGUUCAAUUAAUAAAGGAACAUUACAAGACUGCCAUGUUUUUUCAUGUAUAAUGUAUAACCCAUUGAUAACACUAU